AUGGCCUCCCGUGCAGCCUACGCAGCUCACCUGCAAGGCACUAUCCACCCGUCACUCGCCGCCACAAGGGAAGCCAUCGCGAGGGUGGACGCAGACAUCGCAGACUAUGAGCAGGUCGCCCGCCGUCUGAGCGCCGUCAACCCCGAACACGGAUCGAGAAAGGCCCCCGUCGAGAUUGGUGCGGGUGUUUGGGCCGAUGCUGUGGUCCGCGACACAUCCAAAGUCACCCUCGACCUCGGCCUCGACGUCCACUUCUCUCUCCCCACCCCGCAGGCAGCAGAGUACGCCGCCAAGCGUGCCGAGGUGCUCAAGAGGAAGCGCGACGCAUUGGCGCAGAGGGAGGAGCGGUUGGCAUGGGAGGUGGAGCAGUUCGAGGGCGUGCUCAAUGCCAUGACCGAGGCAGAACAGUGA